UUCAAGACCGUACUAUAGAAGGACAUAGAACAUACUUACAAAAGCUUUAAAUUGAACCAUCGUAUGCUUUUAUGAUAGGAUAGAUUUUAUCCAAUAUAUAUCAAUGUAAAUGUUAUCUAACUAGAAGUAUUAAAAUACAGUGUGGACACCAACAUAUACGCAUAUUUCGGACACUUCAAAUGGCGCUGACUUUUAAAACCUACGCAGAAUUCCCGGCGCAAGCUACGGAAAUAAACGGGAGCCCUGAGUUUCCAUAGAUGUCGCUACCUCCUUGACGUAUAUACAGAUUCACUUUUGUGAGGCUCGUUUUAAAAAAAAACAAAAAAACUUUUGAAUAAAGAAAAGGACUUAUUAGUGUAUUAUGUAUCAAAAAGAUAAUGUUUAAUACCAAGGAUGUCGAUGUGAAAACAAAAGAAGUUCAAACCUCACUAAACUAUUUCAAAGACAGUAAAACCAGUGACUCAGAGGAUCUUGAAAGUCAAAUAAACAACCUUAAAGCUAAGAUAAGACAACUGACAGAAGAACUGGAGCAGACCAGAGAAGACAACAGCUUACUUCAGAGAAAAGUCAAGUCCUACCUAACACUGAGUGACAUCCUGAAAGAGUACAAAGACGAACUUCAAGCCUUACAGACGAGACACAAUCAACUGCUUAAGGAAUUACAAGACAAACCAACCAUGAAGACGGAAACUGAGCCCCACAAAAGUGAAUCCCCUACACCUGGAAACGACCUUGGCCCGAACAAUGGACAUGACCUUGCACAAUGGACUCAACGAGGUGAACUCAAAGGAACAAACACACAGAAUAUGCGUAAACCAAUUGAGAGCACUGAAUACACUGGAGCAAUCUCUGAGGAUAUAUUACGCCAAAGUGACAGGAAAGUCACUACGCAGGACCUUUUUGAUGUAGUCAAUACUGAGCCUUCAAAGUCUAGCGGAGGUUCAAAGUUGAUACAUGGAUCUUUUCAAUCAAAUGACUUUAACAAUGUUCGGCUACCAUUUCGUGACUCGGUCGGUAUGCAGGAGAGCAUGCCUCCAGAGGAUUCACAGCCUGAUAGUUCUAGUUCCAUAACAGGGCUAGGGUUCCAUAAUGUAUCCAGUAAUGACCUUUCUGGGGCUCGUCUUUCUUCUCGCCAGGAUCUUAUGACAUUUAGCCAUGAAAUGCCUCCAAAAAUGACACAGAGUCAAAUAUCAAACGAGGAUGAAGAUAUUGAGAGGAUCACCCAAUCUCUCCGGCAACUUGACGAGGGCAGCCCAGACUCUGUUAAUGUCAUGAUGUUAAUGAGCAAUGUACAGAAGCAAAUGGAACGCCUUAAACAGUACAAGAGAGUAAACUCAGUUCUUAUGGAAAAGUUCAACGUCCUUAUAAGGAAAAACAAGGACUCAGAGGAAUCCAAGCGACAACUUAAAGAUGACAACCAUAGACUCCUAGAGCGUGUUCGGACACUAGAGAGAGAGAAAUACGAGUUACAGUCAUCAGGCAGUGGGGCUAGGGGUCAGUCGGAGAGCCCCAGCCCGUCCCAAGGGGGCUGGGUUCAUGUCCAGCAACAACCGCAGGUAGAGAGCGAAAUGAAGCAGCACACAUCUAAUCCGGACGACUUUGCAGCCCUCAAACAGACCAACCAACAGCUACUAGAGGCUAACCAAAGGUGGUCGAAUGAAUGGAACAAGCUGCAGACUCACUUUGAUUCCAAGAUCAAAGGCUUGGAACAGGAGCGUGACCGCUUGGAGCGGGAAAAAGUCGAUCUGCAACUAGCAGAGGACACAAAAAUACGUGACUACGAGAAGAUGCUGAUGACAGCAAAGAAAAACAGAGAAGAGGAGGAGAAUGCAAAGGAGGAAGUUCUUCUCCAACUACAGUCAGUAAACAACCGGGUGGAAUGCUUUCAGGCCCAGGUUACAGAACUGACAGACACAAUUACCAGUCUACGACGACAAAACCAGGCACUAGAUACUGAACUAAGGCAAAGGCCAAUAGUUACAGCCACUUCUGCCUCUGUCCAGCCUCCUGGAAGCCACGACUACGAGACAGAACUCACCGUACUGCGUCAGCAGGUGCUUGUUUUCCAGGAGGAUUUCGACCGGGAGAGGCAGGAUCGCGCCAAAGCACAGGCAUUGAUGCAGGAGUUUCGUACUAAAUGUGAGAGCCUGAAGAAACGUCUGCGACAAUUGGAACAGAAAAACACUGCCCUUCAAGUCAAAUCAGAGGACUCAGAAAGGAACCUUAAGGAUGAGAAUGAGAAACUAAGACGAGACAAUGACACACUGAGGGAAAUGUUGCGACAUCAGGUCCCUCCUUCACCCCAGUAUGGAGCAAUGCCAGUGGAUUACAGAUUGGAGCCGUUUCCACGGGCAACACAGAGGUCAGAGACCUUGUUUGGGCAAGAGGUGCGAAACCCACCCAUUGUGCACCCCCACCCACAACAGUACAUAGUGAGUCCGCAGACACAGGGUCUUAGAGCCCCCCCUGUGCAACACUCACAAUACACCCAAGCCCGUGACCCGGUGUUGCAAAUGCCUGUCACCCGGGAUGAGCCCAAGAUGGAGCACAUGCAGGGCGCCUGGUCGUGUAAACAGUGCACUUACAUCAACUACCCGAGGCGGACAGUGUGUGAGAUCUGUGGAUACAUACAAAGCCCUCAGCCUAAUGGGGCUUUUAACUUCAGCGGAUCUGAGAAACUGUUUGCCCGAGGUGAUCCGCAGGAGCAUCAACACCUCAAUCAGCAACAACAACAACCACAAUACCGACCACAGCAACAACAACAACAGCAUCAACCACAGCAACAACAACAGCAACAUCCAUACACAUUCACAGCAGGGCCACCUCCAAGAGAUGUCAACGUGAUUGGCUGAAGGAUGAGAGGACGCUAAAUUAACUUACAUGUUGCUACAUGUGGAGAUAGAUGCGUUACCAAAGAGAGGUGAACGUGUGCAACUCGUGCACAGAUCACUUCAUACACAUGUACAUAUACAUGGGGAUGGUUGAUUUCGGUAGUGAGCGGAAAAUAUCGAUGCCGUUUCAUAGUUCGAUAUACAUGUACACGUGUAUACACCGAGAGGAGUAAUAUAUGUGCUUCUCUAAAUCCUUAUGUGAAUCAGAGCCUCAGGGUGUUUAUAGGGUCCCAAUAAUCAUUUAAAAUAUGUUGUCUUACAAAAAUGGCAAAUUGAGUUUUAUUAUAAAUUAUAUAUAACAUGGUGUCUAACCUUGUUAUAUUGUUCUUACUUGUGUGAUAACCGUUUUUAUAUGGACUGAUUGACUUUUCUUGGCUUUAUUUGUCACACACUUUAUUUAAAAGGGUAGUUAUGGUAGUGAAAACCAUAUGAUUACCUACUAUGGUCAAGUCAUUAAUAAUAAUCAUAUGGAGGUUGUUAUCAGUUAACAAUCUUUAUAACAGAAUAAGCCCAGUUUACAUAUGAGUCUAUUGUAGUAAUAAUUACAUGAAAUGUAUUAACAAUUGUUCAUCAGCAGACAGUUUUCCUAACUAUAAACACCCUGUAGGUUGUUGGACAGAAAAGGGAGGUAGGAGAGUUCAAAUCAAUGCUUGUGCUGUUCAAGUAUUGUGUGAAUAUGUCAGUCACCAAGCUGACAUAAAAGAAAUAUGCAAUUGGAAUACUGCAACGUUCCAAACUCAAACUGAGUUGACCUCACAGUACUUGAGCUUCAUGAUGUUUAUUACAAUGUAUUUUUUUAAAGAGGCAUUCAUAUUUGGAUUUAGACAGACUGUCUAAAUGAUUUGUUGUUAUUGCUGUUGUUAUUCUUAUUUUGUGUAAUAUUUUAUGGUUUAAUGACCAGCUGCAAGGGUGUUAGACUUUUGUUUGAUUGUGUUAAGAAGAUGACAAAAUUUACAUUCUGUAGUGAUUGUUAUAACAAGCAAACAAUGUAUGACCUGUAUUUUCUUAUGUUAUUUUUUCAUUCUUACUAAGCUGACAUUUGUACAUUUAUUAUCAUUGAUUCGUAUACUGUAUGCCAGAUAAGGUGUCAGCCAUCACCACACGGGUCUUCAUCACUUUUUAUCCUGCUCUCUCAAUCUCUGAAAGUCAUAUUUCGACAAAGAAACAUCUUAAAAAAGAUGCUGAGUAGGACUGUGCAACACAUUUGUUACACUAAAAGUGUAAAUGUGGAUUCAAUUAAACAGUGAUAACAAAAAAUGAGUAGAGAUUAUUUCAUAUUUUGGAGACAUAGACAAAUGUAAGAUAAUAACUUCAACAAAUUUAUGCUUGUUUUGCUGUUUCCUUCUCCUGUAAAUGAUAUGCAUAUAUACUGAAUGGGGAAUGAAAAUUUACAUUUUUUUUUUUCGAUUUUGCAUGUUAAUCAACGUAACAUUAAUUGUUUAUGAUAAUGCCCAACAUGUGCCAUGCUAUAGUUAAAAUCACCAGAUACAGAUAGGAGCCCUAAUCCACCAAUGCCGGAGAUUCGAGAGAGCUCCUCUCAUCUCUAAUGGAAGCAGCCUGUUUUGGGCUCGCUAUAUUUCAUUCUGACAUGCCUGGAAUUAUAUUGGACAUGUAUUUUCCUUGGGUUUCAGAGUUGAUGUAAUUAUUAGGAUAUGAGGCUGAGACCUAUAUCUACAUUAUUGUGGCCAAAUGUGACACCUUAUCUCAGUUGAACUUGACUACAUGUAGAUGUAACUGUUAGACUAUAUGAAGAUUAUGAAGAUUUCAAUGCCUCAACAUAAGACUAUAUGAAGAUUUCAAUGCCUCAACAUACUUUAAUUUACUCAAAGAGGAGUUUGGUGAUAAGUGAAUAGUUCAAGGGAAAAGGACAAAGUGAUUAUAAUAGUUUCAGACAUAAAUUGACAUACUGUAUGUAUUGGAUACACUUACUGGGGAUUGACAUUAUUAUUGUUUAAUCAGACUUAAAUGCAGCUAUCAGCAUAACAUUAUUGUAUUAAGAUACACAUUUAUAUGGACAUAAAGACAUUUCACAUAAAAUAUUUGGAGAGAUAGAUGCUGUGUCAGUGCUAAUUUGGGUAAUUAAGGGACACUGUGAACAAUACUGGAUACAAGGAUAUAUAACUCUCUGCUUUUAUAGUGUUCUAUAGGGAGAAAUUGAAGCUAUACAAAACGUAUCAGUGUUAAUUUUGGUAAUUAAGAGACACUGUGAACAAUACUGGAUACAAGGAUAUCUAACUCUCAGCUUUUAUAGUGUUCUAUAGUGAGAAAUUAAAGCUACACAAAAUGUUUCAGUGCUAAUUUUGGUAAUUAAGAGACACUGUGACCAAUACUGGAUACAAGGAUAUGUAACUCUCUGCUUUUAUAGUGGUCUAUAGUGAGAAGUUAAAGCUAUUGGGAUUUACUGUGUUUUUUGAGUUCAAGAGAUCUUGAGUGUGCAAGAGUCAUGGCCAAGUUUUGUGACUUAAGUAUAGGAACUGUGUCACAAAUGUUUACGCUCAAGCCAAUUAUGGAUUUACUAGUAACUGAGAUACUGAGCGCAUAAACUUGCAGAUUUAUGUAGACUUACUGCUGCAGUGACCUUUGGAAAUAUUGCAAAUGGCUGGAAUAAAGGUGUUAUUCUGUUGGUGUUUCUACUAGGCAUUGGGUUACUGUGAAAGGGCUUAUUUUAAAAAAAAGGUCUUGAAUUGUAGGGGAUUCGCUUUUGUUUUUUUUUAUAUAUAUUUUUGUUGUGUCGUGUUGUAUAGAAACAAUCUUUAUAAUAAAAAGUUUUAUGAAAUUAAUAAUUAUGUUUAAUGCUGUUUUCUCACAUAUUUUAUUUUGAUGUGAUGCAACACUAAAAUUUAAUAUGAAUAACAUAAUAGACGGAGUGGAAUAAGAAAUUUGUAACACUUAACUAAUUCCUAUAAUAAGUUUAUAUGGUUAUUUUUUAUAAUACAUAUAAGGAAUAUACAUAUAGAAUAUAAUUUUCAUGUAUGGGGUAUUUUUAGUGAUAGUUUAGCAAUGCAUUUGUAAAUUUGAUUUUAAGGCUGGAAAAAUGCUGUCAUUUGUAACUUGUAAUUUGUUUUAUUUCCACUCUAUGCCAUAUAGGGAGUACAUGAUAGUGACAGUGUGAUUCAUUAUAUCUGUCCUAAUUUGUAAUGCUAGUACUUUUAAACAGACAAACAAAACAAAUCUGUUUUCUUUUAUUUUUAAUUGCUAUUAUAAGAGAUAUAAUCAAGUAAUGUUUUAUUUAUAAUAUGUAAAUUAACCUUUGCGACAUCAGUUAAUGUAUGCAUUGUAAAUAUGUCCGUUUCACGAAAUAAGUUCCAAAUUACGUUUUUAACAGUUAUGACAUCAUGUGUUAGUUUAAAAGGCAUUUUGAUCUCAUUUUGUUUCUUGGUAAAGGCAAACAUCCUUAUGCUUUUCUUAUCAGAAAGUCAGAAUAUUGUCAAGUUGUUUGAAAAAUAAAAGUGGUUUAAGGUAUUUUAUAUGUUUAGAUGUGUAUAUAUGUGGAGCUUCUUAAUAUUAAUUAUUUGUAUGUAGUGCAGAGACAAAAGCUGAUAAAGUGACACCUGACAUACUUUUUUGGAAGACAACACUUUACCACCAGGAAAUGCCUUGUUGGAAUUAUUUAAAAAUAAUCAUGGCCACAGGUUGUUUGUAAGAUCAUAUAAUAAACGUAAAAUACAUCAAAGUUAGCGGUAGUAUUAUAUGACGUCAUUUCUACGCUGUAUAAAAAGUGCGUUACAAACUCAUCCAUAACAUCCAAAAACAAAUAGAAUAGAAAUGCAUUUUACUUGUUUUCGAUAUAGGGGUGAUAAGAGCACUGUAUACAUUUCAUGUUCGGCCCUCGUGAUAUAAGCGUGAAAAUACCACUAUUUUUUGUCAAGAUCCAGCCUUCACGAUUUGAUUACUAUAUGUAUCUUUUUGUAUGGUGGCUGAUUUCUGUCAAUUUUGUUUUGACCUUUCUAGCUGCAAAAAUGUGAAAAACAGCCGUACGUCUGGGCGAAACGCGCCAAUUGGUUCAGCGAAAAUGCGCUGCAUUCUUAUUUCGCAUUUUCACCCCGCCACUUGGCACGUUUUUCUUAUCUUUGCUCUUUCGAUGCAAAAAUGCGAAAACAUGAAGCCAAAAUUUAAACUGCUCCUUCCACCGGUAUAACACUCAAUUUCCUAAACAUAUUCGUGAGUGUUUUACUGGUGAAUAAAGCACAGGCUGUCAUACAGGCUGAAUACUAGGGAUUAAUUUGAAAUAUCUGGAAACUACAGUGAUAUAUAGCACGAAAAAGCAUUUCCAUUCCAGUUCAGGCAAUGUUGCUACGCAGUAUUUUAUGCAAUAAAGUGUAGACAAACGACUUCACAAAGUAAACAAAAUGACGUCACACAAUGCUACCGUCUAUUGUUGCCAUAUUUUAGGAAUGAAUUGCGGGAUUGAUGUCAUAAACGGGGUAUGCACGCUGUUGGUCUGGUUUAAGUGUGUUGAGCCCGAUGCAUUCGACGCGUUCUUUAACCAACCCAACUGCGUUCAUUUCCCGAUAAAGACAUCGGACUCCACACACUUUAACCAGCCCAAUUGAACGCAGUUGGGCUGGUUAAAGUGUGUGUAGUGCGAUGUUAUUAUCGGUGAUAUGAACGCAGUUGGCCUUGUUAAAGUGUGUGGAGUCCGAUGCAUUUCACGCGUGCUUUAAAAAACUUAACUCCGUUCAUAUCCCCGAUAAUGACAUCGUACUCCACACACUUUAACCAGCCCAACUAAACGCAGUUGGGCUGGUUAAAGUGUGUGUAGUGCGAUGUCAUUAUCGGUGAUAUGAACGCAGUUGGCCUUGUUUAAGUGUGUGAAAUCCGAUGCAUUCAACGCGUACUUUAACCAGCCUAACUUCGUUCAUAUCCCCGAUAAUGACAUCGUACUCCACACACUUUAACCAGCCCAACUGAACGCAGCUGGGCUGGUUAAAGUGUGUGUAGUGCGGUGUCAUUAUCGGUGACAUGAACGCAUUUGGGCUUGUUAAAGUUUGGAGUCCGAUGCAUUCCAUGCGUACUUUAACCAGCACAACUGGGCUCAUAUCCCCGAUAAUGAUAUUAAUCCCGCAAUUCAUUACGUACAUUUAAAUAGUUCAUUUUUUAUUCAAGAAUUGUUUGAAAAAUAAUUAAUUGCAUUUAAAAAAACCUUUCAGUUAUUCUGUCUUGCCCAUACUGUAAAUAGAAUGGUCCGACCAUUACCGUCAACAGUUUAUCAACGCGAGAAAGAUCAAUCAUUUCAAAUCACUUUUCAACGUCAACUUGAAACACUAAUGACAACAAUACAUUUCACAUAUUAUGAAUUUUCACUUUCUUACAUGUUGGUUUAUAUAUAAUGUAUAAAAAUGUACAUGUCAAUUGAAUUUUGUUUAUAUUGUAAUUCUUAUGACCAAAUUCAAUUUACAUGUAUAUUUUUAUGCGAUAGUUUGCGAUCCAAACAUUUCUAAGAUCUUUCGUUCAUCGGAAAAUAUUCGCAAUUGCCGAAAGGCAGUUCAUUUAAGGAAUGGACGUUGUGGUGUAAAAUUUUGAAGAGAGAAUUUUGGUAUUAAUGUUAUUAUCGGGGAUAUGAACGCAGUUGGGCUGGUAAAAGUGUGUGGAGGACUCCACGCGUACUUUUACCAGCCAAACUGCGUAUGAUAUUUACACCAAUAGCUAAUUAUUUUUUUCAAAAAUUGUAGAAAUAAUACUUUAUUAAAUAAGGGAAAAAAUCAGUUAAUCUUACUCAUCCAUUCUGUAAAGAAGAUUUCCUUUAUGUCAAUGUUAGCUGUUUCGUAUUUGAUUUUUUUUUCGUUCUUUAGUUAAUUGAAACAUUCAUUUAGUUUGUUGUUUUGUUGUUUGUUAUUUCAUAUUAUAACAGAAUUUUGAUUUGAGAUUUGUAUUGCAACAGCCCAUAUUACAUUUUUCGAACAACGAUUUCGUUAUUAUUGAGUACUAUUCGAUUUAAGAAUAUACAAAUAGGAGUGUUAUCUCGGAAAAUGUGUCUAGUGUCACUUUAGGGCCUUUUUACUUCAACUUAAUAUUCGUUUUAAUUUCUUCUACAUGUAUUCAGCCAAUAAAACAAGCUACAGCUGUAAAAUAAUUACUUCAAACUCAAUGUAACAAUGUUCAUACUUUAUAAUAACACCGUUUCCCUUGAUUGAUGUGCCGCUUGUGAUAGAUAUCUACAUUGUACAUGUAUGCACGUUGUAUUCCCCAAUUAAUAUCCCUUUCUCUUUUCUUUUUUUGGGAGAAAAGGGAAAUAAAAACAAAUAAAAAUUGAA